AUGGAGCAAAUCGAGCAGCGUGCCGUCAUUAAGUACCUCCAUAAGAAGGGGCUAUCAUCAAAAGCCAUCCAUGAUGACAUGGUCAAUACAUUAGGCGAUUGUGCUCUGUCAUAUUCAUCCGUCAAAAAAUGGAUAGCAGAAUUUAAGCGUGGUAGAGAGAGUGUGAAAGAUGAACCCCGUUCUGGAAGGCCUUCGACGUCAACUACUGACGAAAAUAUUAAAAAAGUACUUGAUUUAAUAAUGGGAGACCGCAGAUUAAAAAUUAGAGAGAUAGCCGAGAUUAUAGGCAUCUCUUAUGAACGAACUCAAAACAUCAUUGUCAACGAGUUGGCAUUCCACAAGGUGUCUGCGAGGUGGGUUCCGCGACUGCUUUCAGUUGAACAAAAAAGGACGCGAUUGACAAUUUCACGCGACUGUUUGGAGUUAUUUGAAGCCGAUGCAGAUGAUUUUAUGAAUCGUUUUGUUACUAUGGACGAAACAUGGGUUCAUUACUGUACACCGGAAACAAAACAACUAUCAAAACAGUGGAGAAGACCUGGUUCACCACCCCCUAAAAAGGCUAAGUCGAUUUUGUCGGCAAAUAAGGUGAUGGCUUCAGUAUUCUGGGACUCGAAAGGUGUGAUUAUGAUUGAUUAUCUUGAAAGGGGUCAGAAUAUAAACUCUGAUUACUACUGCACCUUACUACGUCGUUUACAAGAGGAAAUAAAAGAAAAACUUUGA